UAUUAGCGUUAUAUAUUAUUAAUAAUAUUAUUAUAAAAAAAUUUUCAUCGAGACUGUUAUUUGUUCUUUCAAAAGUGUUUGAUCAACAAGGUCGAUAAUAUCAUGAAAAGCGAAGUAUUUGUGCUUUUUACUUGUGGCUUACUGAUAGAUUUCUGCUUUCUUGUGCAAGGCGCGGAGAAUGAAUCGAUAUCGAAUAGCUCGACCUCGGCGCAGAUCGCCCAGGGGGAAAAGCAACUCGGCGAUCAGAUUCGUGCGAUUCUGAAACACUACCAGCAAGCGGAUCCCAUUGGACUGCCGGGUGCUCCUGUGCCCGAUCCCAUGUCCGUACCCGACAUGAAGCACUCCUUCUCUAUGUUUACGAUGAAUCUCAAUUCUAUAAAGGUCUACGGUCUAAGUAAGUUUCGUAUCGAGCACAUACGCUCGGAGCUCGCGCUUAUGCAAGUUUCCGUGGCCUUGCACAUCGAAAGCUUGGACAUUCGAGGCCUUUACACCCUGUCAUCUUGGCUAUCAAGCUCGGCCGGAGAUUUUACGGUCAAGCUCACGGGGGUGAAUAUCCAGGGGCUGGCAAGAUUGGAAGUUGGUAACGAUGGGAAAUUGCACGCUCAAGAUAUUGACAUGGAUUUGACGUUUGACAACAUCGACAUGGACUUCCAAAAUCUUGGCUUUUUGGCAUCGGUCUUCCAAAGCUUCAUCAACUCGGUUGGCUCUUUUAUUUUCGAUAGCAUCAAGCCUUACAUUUUGAAAGAGGUUAACACCAAUAUACGGGGCGAAGUGAACAAGCAUAUCUCGCAGCUACCAAAUUACUUUCCAAAUUCAAUUUCACCAUUCGAUAUGGCUGUUGCCGAAGCUCGUAAGCAAGUUUCCGACAUGGGCUAUGACCCUUUCAAGGUCAAGGAUUAUAGCCAGAGUAUGGGCAUCUUCACAGUAACAUCGUCGCAUACCUGGUUGACUGGAUUAGCUAGUUUCUAUCGCAUGGGCAACAUUACCCUCAGCAUGGAAAACGGCAUUGUAUAUGCGGUCAUGGAUAUUGGCACUCAAGAAAUUGAAGGUCGAACUCACUGGGAAGUGAGCGUAAUUGGAGGAGUUUUGUCCAAGGCAGGUACAGUUUCCUUUACCGUCGAGUAUUUUCGUGUUCAAUUAAAUCUUAGUCAACCACUUGAUACUCGAAAGCGCGCUACACUGGAGGAGCUUGAUUUCGAACUUGGAAAUAUACAAACUCGUAUCCAUGGCGCUGGUACAAUCGACUAUCUAGUUGAAGCUGGGAUUAAUAUAUUACCAAAUCUCCUAAGAAAUCAAAUAAUGGAUGCUUUAGAGGGUCCGAUAAUGAGACGAAUUCAAGACGAGCUUGAUAAAGUAGACGUUGAAAAAUUAAUUCACGAAAAAAUUCCGGAUAUUGAAGAGCACGCGAGAAUGCUUCAAGGUAUCGAGACGGUCGAUGAUGUUAUUUUAGAGGAUGUGAACGCGACGCCUGGAGAGCUUGAAAAUCAAGAGCCCUUUUCAGAUAGCGAGGAGGAACGUGGCCAAUCUUAAAAAUGAAUAUGCAUAAUAAUAACAAUAGGCCAAUGAAACUCGUUAUUAUUAUAUUAUCUACUUGCUCAUUUAUAAUUUAUUUAUUGGAGAAGCUCAAACGAACGAACUAUAUAGCCAUUAAGUAAAAUUGCAUGUAAAUGUAAGAUCUUGUGGAUUUGUACAUUGAAUGAAAAAUGGUAUGAAUACUUUUUUUUUUUUAAUUAUGGAUGUGUACGUAUGUG